UGAAACCAGAAGGAAAUGAGUUGCCUCCGUGCUUGCUUCAGAGACAGAGGUUCUCGCACAGAGACAGAAGCUAUGAAAAGGCAAAGCUCUGGUCCGGAGCGUGAGAUUAUUGAAUUACAAGAAGAUAAUGUGGAGGAAAGUGAGGCUGAUCACGAAAAGCCUCUAAAUGCUCAAAAAAGAAAGGAGAGAGAUCAUUGGAAAUCAUGCAAGAGUGUAGUUUUCUGGAAAUGUAAGCUAUGGAUGGUUGUAACUGCAAUUUUUCUAGUAUUCUUCCUGGUCAUUGUCAUCAGCCUAAUUCUUUAUUCUAAUGUUUACAUGGAUGAAGAUGACUAUUGGGAUCCUGAUGCACUACUAAAUAGUGGAAAUUACCGCAAUUAUUCAGGAACAUUGGAGUUACUGUGUGGUCUCCCACACUUUUUGUCUGAAGACGUUACUAAGAGGUUAACAGAUGUCUACAGUUCAUCUCCAGCUCUAGGACGCUACUUUAGGUCAGCUCGGGCAGCUUAUUUGAGCAAUGAAAGCUCCACGGUAUUUUAUCAGCUAGAGUUUUCUGUACCAUCAUCAACAGAGGGUUUUAUGGAAAACACAAUGAACCCAGAUUUUAUAAGGAAUGUUUUACGUCAAAGUAUUUAUGAUGAAGAUGAUCCUGGGACAUCAGAAUGUGACAGGUUAAAGCUUGACCCAACUUCUAUCACAAUAGCAUAUUAAUGGCUACAAGGCUCCUCAUCUUCCUUGCUGCCUAGAAAAGAUGGUCUCCUCCUAUAUGUUAACAAUCCCAGGGCAGGAAGUUACUCUUCCAAAGAUGCUGUUCUUUAAAUAUUGUCUGUGAUGCAAUAUUGUAAAUGGCAAAUGUAGUGUGUUUAUAAGAGUAUUGUAAUCCUAUAACACUACUACCUCCUCCUUAAUUUUUGUCCUGAUAUCUAAAUAGUCAAUUUCACUCUUGUGAAAAUCAUGUAUCUUCUUUGAUGCAUGCUCUGUUGACUUUGAAACCUAUGCACUUUUUUUGCGUUAUGAUUAAAUCUGGGCUCCCUGCAUGAGCUCAAAUGCAGUCGUGCAGAGGUUUCUUUUUCUUCUCAUGGCUUAUCCAAAAUUAUCUGCACAGCUUCCACUCAUGUUCAUGUCUGUUACUUUUUUCCCUGCUAUCUUCAUAUGCCAUAUUUCCCCCAUGUUCUUUCCUCAUAAAAUAGCCCAAAAACUUAAAUAUCCUCUAUAUUUUCUCUAAUUACAUGAGAGACCUUUGCACUAGCUUCUUAAGUGAGCUUCAGCUCUCAUCAUUCCCUUGUUUAUCCCACAGUCUUCCUGGAUAAGAUGGUAUUUGCUCUAUUCUUCUCUUCUGUCAUAUGAAAAAAAAAAGGAAGGAAGAAGGAUAUCUUGUUCACUAACGUAUCUGAAUGACACAGGAAUCUUUCAGGGGUCAAAUUAGCUGUGUGCUUUAAUAAUUAGCUACUCAUACAUUUUUAAAUUCCAGGAGAAACUAGUUUAUACCCUUAAUUAUAAUCCCUGUCCCAGCAGCAGGGAUAAAAAUGAACAGAUGAAUGAUAUUUGCCUUAAUAAGGCAGGAAAUAGUUCUUGUUGACAAGAGAUCAGAUGAGAUGAACCAAUGCCAAGAGGGAGGUGCUGAAGUAGACCAUGUAUGCUAGCAUGGCAUGAGAGUUAAAGCCAGCAACUGGUGAUAAUAUGAAAGCUAAAAAUUAAGCAUUAACUUUACUUGGAAUGGACUCACUACCAUGUUAGUGAAGUAUAGUUUUUUUAUUGU